AUGAAGGGUCCUCCAUUGACAUGUGUGUUUGGUGUGAAUAUUGGACUCAAGGGUUAUCAAAAGAUGUUGAAUAAAAUAUAUGAGGGCAUUGAAGGUUUAAAGCUCGAUGUGUCAAACUGGUUGGUGUAUUUACGGGGCGAAAUUGAUCCUAUAAUCUUCAUCAAGAAGCUGUAUAAAGCGAGAAGUUACAUUGAGCUCUUCCGAAUAGAUUAUGGAUAUGAAGAGAAUCCAGAAGGAACCCGGAGACCAAGUUCUCACUUCAUGAGAUGUUGCUUUGAACUAAACACAUCAGAUAUAAGUUGGUAUAAGAGAAUCAUAGGAGCUUUGAAGACCAUCCAAGGUGUAUCAUUUACCAUAGAUGCACAACCAGUUAUGGGAUAUCCGAUGGCAUAUGUAUGUGGAAAUAUAGAAAUUGGAGUGCUCAUGAGGAUGCUUGUGAAGACAGGCAUUGAACUAUCAGCAAUGGAAUAUGGAGUCGAGUAUAAAGAUGCAAACUUGAACCCACCUCCUCCCAAGAAACCUGAGGCUCCUUCAAAUGUAACUGAGACACAGCCCGUGAAAGACACGGUGCCUCCUCCUCUUGAAGUUGUUAGUACAUUAGCGAAACACCAAGUCAUAUACAAGAAGCCUCGCGGUUUUAGAAGGUUCUGUUGUUAAUGAAUGGGUUAAUGAAUCAUGUCGUCAUUAGCACCAUGUAUAGUAUCACUGUUUUUGAAACCAAAUAAUCAUGAGAAGAAGAACCAUUCGAGAAAGAAAAAAAAACAAGAAAAAUGAAAACAAAAUCCCACUCCUCAUAUGUGUGUCUGUGUGUUAUUAAUCAUGUUUACCUAUUUGGUAAACCUUUGAGUGUUUUUCAAGAAUCAGAUAACAAAUUUGCGUGCAUCAGUAUUUUCAUAUUGUUUUUUUUUUUUUUUAAGUUUUAGAUAACUUCUCUUUCUGCGUUAUGCAUGUGUUUUUUUGUUCCUUGUUAAUUCACUAAACCA